AAAAUACUUAUAAAAAUGAAUGGCUCAGGAGUUAAAGUUCCUCGUAAUUUUCGCUUGUUGGAAGAACUUGAAGAAGGUCAAAAAGGAGUAGGUGAUGGUACUGUUAGCUGGGGCCUUGAAGACGAUGAAGAUAUGACACUUACAAGGUGGACAGGCAUGAUUAUUGGGCCACCAAGGACAAAUUACGAAAACAGAAUAUAUAGCCUGAAAGUAGAGUGCGGACCUAAAUACCCAGAAGCUCCUCCAACAGUUAGAUUUGUAACAAAAAUUAAUAUGAAUGGAAUAAAUAAUUCCAAUGGAAUGAUGGAUGCCAGGAGCAUACCAGUCUUAGCAAAAUGGCAAAAUUCUUAUAGCAUUAAAGUUGUACUUCAAGAGCUAAGGCGUCUAAUGAUGUCCAAAGAAAAUAUGAAGCUUCCACAACCCCCAGAAGGACAAACAUACAGCAAUUAAUUUUAGCUGAUUUCAAACUUGUCUUAAACCAACUCUCUACUCCUGUUAAUGUCUUGAUUAAAUCUCACAAUGCAAACACCCACACAUUAAAUGAAUUUCAGCUGUUAAACAACCAGGACAUUUGUAAGAUUAUAUUUAAUAUAUGUACACCCAUUUUGUUUUCCGGCACAAUGGGAGAGAAAUGCAGCACAAUUUUUUUUUCCCUCUUAUCAAGGCACUAUCAUUUAAGCAUAAACCUGGAGUAGCCUAAAAUUGGGAUUCAGGUUUUACAAGAUGAAAGCAUGACAUGAGGUGUCAGAUUGCUGUGGAGUAAUGUAUGUUUCUGAAAAUUAAUCUCCCAAGAAAGAAAAAUAUAAAUGGCAUGCUUUAUCCAUCUUGCUCAGUGAAAGAGCUGCAGUUUAAAUUGUUUCAAGUAGCAGGUACAGUGAAUACUGUUGCAGAUUUUGUUUAAUUUUUGAAGAGGUGUGGGUGCCGACUACUAGUAGUAUCAAAAAGUAGGUUCAGGAUGGUUUUGAUACCUGUAUUUAUAAAAGGGGGGGAGGGGAAGAUGGAUUUCUGUUAAGCAGCUCCUGUGUGUUACAUGUAACAGACAUGGCAAGUAUUUGUUUACAGUCUUUGUUCUAAUAAACCAUGAAUAUAAGUUUUAAGUGAAAUAAACAAAAAAGGAAAUAGGUGUAUGGAUAUGUGGUUCUGAGAUUAAAGGUAGUCUUAAAAUGUAAAUAAAAUGUGGAACGUGUCCUCAGAGGCUGUGCCAUUUCUAUGAUAUCGAUGUAAUAUAUGUACAUACCUUGCAGAGGUAGCAAAAGUCAGAACUAUUGUAUCUUCUGGUCAACAUACCCCUUUUAUUGUUUAUUCUAUUGUAUAAUACUUGAAACUGGAGUUUUCAGGAUCACUGCAAAGAGGGAUUGACAUAAUCAGUUGCUGCCCCUUUUUAAAAAAAAAAAACACAAAACUGUGUUAAGCGUACAUGAAUUUCAUCGUUCCCAUUAGAAAUAACAGUAUGUAGGCCAGUUUGCCUUCCAGGCCCCUGAGAAAUUUUGAGUAUUUUGCAACACAAUCAUUCCCUCUUUUGGGCCCUUGUCCUUUCUCGCGCCCUCAUCUUUGACCUGGGCUAUGUUGAUGCUUCCUUGUUAUAUUUUUGGGGGAGGAGGAGUUCAUGGCAUUUAUUUUAUUUUUAUUUUUUACCUUUUUCGAUAAAGCUUACUGUCUGGAUUGGUUGGAGUUGUGUCCCAUGCUCCUGUCAGUGGAAGCAUCAAGAAGUAGCCAUCCCUCCCACUUACUAGAAUGCAUUCUUAACCCUCCCCAUCCCCUGCAGUGUUAGUAAAUCUAGUUCCUUCCUAUUUACAUUUUUGCUUAACUAACUCUGGUUUUAGUUCUGCUGUGUUUUUAAUAGCAGCUAGUCAAGCUGGUUGGUUGGAAAUGACACUUCAUCUCUUUCAGUGGAAAGAUGGCAGAGUUGGUCGAAGUCCGGGAACCAUGUUCAGAGUUAAGAAUUUGAUCAAUUCAACUGGAAAAAGAAUAAGAACCUCGGCCUAAAGCCAUGAGCUGUCAAGUAUGCAAGAUUAGGAGUUCUUCUUAGAGUAAUGUGAAAGAAGAGAAGUCGAAUAAACUUUAAUUUUAGAAUAGAAAGCUCUAGAGGGCAUUUUAUUGGCCAGAUAGGGUACGUUAAUUUGCCCUUAAAUACUUGUCCGACACCCCUUUACUGUGAUUACUCUGUAAAGUUAUAAACUGCAAGCUACCUUUUCUUGGUCAAGUUAUAUAGUACAUCUGAGUAAGUGAUAAUCAGACUAAAGCGAUUUAUAGAACGGCUCUCUUUAAUUUUAGAUUGCUAUAUUGCAAAGGAACAUUUCAAAUUAAUGUGUGUAUGCAAAAUGUAGAAACAAUGGAUUUGAACUUGUUUUCUCUACAGUUUUAAAUCAGCUUUGAAGCCUUAACUUUUGUAAUGGCCCAAAGAGGUUGAGGCCUGGAUCACUUUGAGGAACUUCCCUGCUCUGUGGCAAGCAGGUAGCAAAGUGUGGUAAUGAAAAGGAAAAUUAUUUACUCUGCUAACUCUGACAGUAUUACUGUUAGAUCAUUUGCAUUUCUUUUCAUUGAUUUGUAUAUCAGUUAGGCCAGAAAGCCCUGGAACUGCAUUCUGUUUUUUUGGUGGGACUGGGGUGGGGUCAGUGGGGGGAAAAGCAGGGCGAUAUGUGUCUCCCCCGUCCCACCCCAUUUUCCACACGAGCUGUAUGUUGUCUGAGUUAUCCUUGCAAUGACUAGUUCUCCUUGCUGAUUAUUUGAUUAUGGAUCCCUGCAGAAAGCUGCAUGCCAAUUAACCAAUUUUCAGAGCAGGAUCCAUUUUGCAUGUUGCGAUCAAGUUGUACGUGGCAGUCAAAACAGUCCCACUGGUAAUAGAAGGGAGUGGAUAUAGAACCACUCUUAAGUAACAUAUAUCUAAACAGAGCACGGCCAAAAUACUAUCCCAUUUGUCUAUAUUGAAGCGAGACCCUGAUUGUAGGAGUGGAUAGUCUUAUCAAUUAAAGUGAACUGUAAAAUUGCCUUAGAUUGUUUAAAAGAUUAGUAGGUGAGUCCCUUACAGAUGAUCAUUUACCAAUAAAGGAUUGCAAAGUGUGUCUUGUCCUAUUAGGUCAGUGUUAUGUGUUCAUGUUUUUGGUUUUGUUCAUUAACUUUCCUGAAUUACAUGUGUCAGUUGUCUUUAAAACAGUUUGUUUUACCUGGUUUAUGGACAAAUGGAUUUUGCAGUUCUGGACUCAUAGUAAUUUUUCAAUGCCUUGGAGCACAUAUUUGUGUUUUGGUAAUGCUAUAUAAUUGGAUAUUCAGCAAUUUUAAGCAAUCAUUGGGGGAAAGAUUAAAAAAAAGAUUUUUGCUUCUAGUUAAUACCAAGAUUCUAUACCUUUAAAUCUAAUCUGUGCUCCGGGUUGAACUAGCUUAACAAACAUGUCAUAGAUAAUUUAAUAAAUAUAUAGUGUAAUUUAUCAAAGGUACAUAUAUGAUUGAAGUAUUUAAGUGUGGUGUACCAUUUACAUUUUUGACAAAUCAUAGAAUGUUCUUUAUUAUAUAUUAGAAUAUUGGCUUUCUCCUUAUGAAUUUAUUAGAAUGUCAUUCAUAGACAAUGGAAUGUGAAUCACAUGAAAUCAAUAAUAAUAAACUUAGAAUUUGUUAAA